AUGGCCAAAAAUAGUGUCUUUGUUGCUCGACAGAACGCAGACAACCCAGAAUCCAAAGAACUUCUCUUCAGUAAGUCGCCCCAGAUAAACCCGCAAGCCGAUCAGAUUUGGUUACGGAAGUUCGAUCAGGUUUGGUGCACAAGUGUAGUGAAAACGCGGAAAAUUGGCACCAAUAACACCCAAAUUACGGGCAUGAAAUCUAGCCGCAUCGUCGCAAAACUGUGGUCGGAACCCGGAAAGAAUCACGUCUACUUCACAUUCAAAAACCGCUAG